CUUCAACCGCAAAACCAGAUACAACGGAUCCCUCAACUAUCAAAACCGGUGCAGAUUACGUCUCUCGGCAGUUUUUAUAGCGGUUUUGGCUGACGUGGCGCCUAUGUGGCUAAUUUGACUCGGUCUCGAUCUGACGUGGCGCUUACGUGGCAAUUUGCUCCAGAAAAAUAAUAAAACCAGUGGGACCCACAUGUCAGUUUCACACACAAAAAUAAUAAUAAUAAUGGUGGGACCCAUGUGGGCCCCAUAUGUCAUCCUCUUUCUCCCCUCUCAUCUCUAUCCUCUCUCUGUCUCUCCGGUGGGAGAGGACCACGUGAGGUCCGCCGUGCCGAGGCUCGGGAAGGCCGAUGGCGCACAGGAGGCGGACCUCGCCGUCGACGCCGCCGCCUGCUCCGUGCACUGCCACGCCUACGUCGCCAAGGACACAUCCAAGUUAAGCAGAGCACCACCGUUGCCACGAACACCAUUUGAUGACAACACUUCUUGAAGAAAUCGAUUGGAUCAAGCAGGUGCUGCGGAUGCGCGGCUUCCAAAGAAACCUCGUCUACACGCGCGCGUGCAUGUGCCUCAACAUCAUCCCUCUCUCCCGGCCAUGCGCGAUCAGGUACCUGUCGAUACAGUGGGGCAUCGACCUAUCCAAGGUGGCGGUGCUCGUCGGCGAGAAGGGCGAUACCGACAGGGAGCGCCUCCUCCCGGGGCUGCACAGGACGGUGAUCCUGCCGGGGAUGGUCGCCGCCGGCAGCGAAGAGCUCCUCUGCGACGAGGACGGGUUUACCACGGAGGACGUCGUGGCCAUAGAGUCCCCCAACAUCGUCACCCUUGCUGACGGCCAGGACAUCGCCGCCGCCGCCGACCUCCUCAAGGCCAUCUGA